AAAAAAUACAUAAAAAAUACAAUUUAACAGGACUCAUGGAAAUGAUGCAGAAACCUCAUGCUGUAUGCAUUCCCUUUCCAGCACAAGGUCACAUAAAUCCCAUGUUAAAAUUUGCCAAAAUCCUUCAUUCUAAAGGCUUCCACAUCACCUUUGUCAACACCGAAUUUAACCACCAGCGCCUUAUUAAGUCUCAAGGCUCGGAUAUCCUAAACCGCCUCCCAUCUUUUCAGUUUGACACAAUUCCUGAUGGCCUUCCGCCACCCGAAAACUUUGAUGUCACCCAAGACAUCUCAUCUUUGUUCAAGUCCCUCCCUGAAAACUGUUUGGAACCAUUUAAGAAACUUUUGAUGAAACUUAACGGUUCUAAAACAAGCCCUCGUGUGAGCUGUAUUGUUUCAGAUGGUUCAAUGAGCUUCACACUUGAUGCUGCAGAUGAACUGGGUAUCCCUGAUGUUCUGUUUUGGACACCUAGUGCUUGCGGUUUCUUGGCUUAUGCACACUAUAUUACUCUCAAGGAGAAAGGAUAUAUUCCACUAAAAGAUUCUGCAGACUUCACCAAUGGCUACUUAGAUACAAUCGUUGAUUGCAUACCUAGUAUGAAAGGCAUGGGCCUGAAAGACAUGCCAACUUUCGUGAGAACUACAGAUCCAGACGACAUGAAAAUAAACUAUGUUAUCCGGGAAACUGCUAGAUCCAAAAAAGCUUCAGCCAUAAUACUCAACACCUUUGAGGAGCUGGAGCAUGAUGUUCUAAAAGAAUUGUCUUUGAUUUAUCCUCCCAUUUAUACAAUUGGACCACUGCAUACACUCUCAGACACAACAGAGAACAAGAAUUUAGAGUUUUUGAGUACGAGUCUUUGGAAAGAAGACACCAAAUGCCUAGAUUGGCUUAAUUCCAAGGAACCGAAUUCAGUUGUGUAUGUGAAUUUUGGGAGCAUAACUGUGAUGACACCUCAACAACUAGUCGAGUUUUCAUUUGGACUUGCUAAUAGUGACCAAACCUUUUUAUGGGUUAUUCGACCAGACUUGGUUUCCGGAGACUCAAAGUUGUUUCCAAAAGAGUUCUUAGAAGCAACAAACACGAGAGGGUUGAUCGUAAGUUGGUGCCCCCAAGAAAAAGUACUAAAUCACCCAUCAAUUGGAGCGUUUCUGACACAUUGUGGGUGGAACUCGACUUUAGAGAGUAUAGCUAGUGGUGUUCCAAUGAUUUGUUGGCCCUUUUUUGCAGAACAACAAACGAAUUGUUGGUAUAUUUGUAACAAAUGGGGCAUCGGAUUGGAGAUCUACAACAAUGUGGAUAGAAAACAGGUUAUGAAUCAUGUUAAAACUUUAAUGGUGGAGGAAAAAGGCAAGGAGAUGAGAGAAAUGGCCAGGAUUUGGAAGAAAAAAGCCGAAUCCUCGUCGUCUUGGUUGAAUAUAGACAGCUUGGUCAACCAAGUUCUGCUUCGCUCUUAAAGUUCAUACUUGUUGAACACAAGAAUAUGAAUUAGACACAUUCUAUUCGUAUUGAUCUGGGAAUGUAUGAUUGUACAACAAAAUAAUUUGACAACUUCAUUUCAAUAA